UCUCUCUCUCUCCCCCCUUGGCUUUUCAAAAAGCGGCCACACCAUCUUUUGCAUAUUCUCUUUCUCUCUCUAAGAAAAAAAAACCUUCACUUUCUCUCUCUAAAACUAUAGGAGGCAAGUUCAUCAAUUUGCUUGCAUUUUGGAUAAGCAGCAGCAACAACAACAAUUGGACUAAACACUUAGCGUUCCGAUCCGAAAAUCCCACAUUCGUUAUCUAUUUCCGAAUAGUUCUGCAAUUUUUAUUUUUUUUGGGCUAUAAUCUAGUAAUUAGUUUGGAACAAUGACAAGAGUAACCCGGGAUUUCGCUGACACAAUGCAAAAGGAAGCUGUUCCUGCAGUAUCAGCUGAUGUAAUAUUUGCUUCCAGUCGGUUUCCAAAUUACAAAAUUGGUGCUAACAAUCAGAUAAUGGAGGCAAAGGAUGAUCCGAAGGUACUAUCAAUGAAGGAGGUUGUUGCCCGUGAGACUGCACAACUGUUGGAACAGCAGAAACGCCUUUCAGUUCGUGACCUUGCUAGUAAAUUUGAGAAGGGGUUAGCUGCUGCCGCUAAAUUAUCUGAAGAGGCUAGACUCAGGGAGGCAGCAUCAUUGGAAAAGCAUGUCCUUUUGAAGAAGCUAAGGGAUGCACUGGAAUCUUUAAAAGGGCGUGUGGCUGGUAGAAACAAGGAUGAUAUAGAGGAAGCCAUUGCAAUGGUGGAGGCUUUAGCAGUCCAGUUGACUCAAAGAGAAGGGGAGUUAAUGCAAGAAAAGUCUGAAGUGAAGAAGCUAGCAAAUUUUCUUAAGCAGGCUUCAGAAGAUGCUAGAAAACUUGUGGAUGAGGAAAGAGCAUUUGCUCGUGCUGAAAUUGAAAGUGCUAGAGCAGCCGUUCAGAGAGUAGAAGAGGCCCUUCAGGAACAUGAGCGAAUGUCUCGGGCUUCAGGGAAGCAGGACUUGGAAGAAUUAAUGAAGGAAGUACAAGAAGCUAGACGGAUCAAAAUGCUGCAUCAGCCAAGCAAGGUUAUGGACAUGGAACAUGAGCUACGUGCAUUGAGGACACAGCUCAUGGAGAAGGCUAAGCAAUCUAUUCGACUUAAAAGAGAGCUGGCAAUGAGCAAGAGAGGCAUGGAUAACAGUUCUCAGCUAUAUGAACUAGAUGGCCAUGAAGCUUUAGGUUCAUAUUUGCAGAUUCAACCUUCCUCUGAUAAUGCUCCAGACCUUUCUAAGUGUCUAAUUCAAUGGUAUCGUGUUUCAUCUGAAGGUGAUAAAAAGGAGCUUAUAUCAGGUGCUACCAGACCAGUGUACGCUCUUGAACCUUUUGAUGUUGGGCGAAUUUUGCAAGUUGAUAUUACUACAGAAGGCCAGAUGAUAACAUUGACAACAACUGGUCCUAUUGAUCCUGCUGCUGGCUUGGGAAGCUAUGUGGAGGCACUUGUUCGGAAACACGAUGUUGAAUUUAAUGUAGUUAUUACCCAAAUGAAUGACGCGAAUUAUUCAUCAGAAUCUAUUCAUGUUUUUCAUGUGGGAAAGAUGAGGAUAAAGCUUUGCAAAGCAAAGACAACAAUAGCUAAGGAAUACUAUUCUGCUUCAAUGCAGCUAUGUGGGGUUAGAGGAGGUGGCAAUGCUGCACCUCAAGCAUUGUAUUGGCAAGCAAAGAAAGGGCUUUCCUUUGUAUUAGCAUUUGAAUCACAAAGAGAGAGGAAUGCAGCCAUCAUGCUUGCCCGGAGAUUUGCUUUCGACUGCAAUAUCAUAUUAGCUGGGCCAGAUGACAGAGCUUCUUUAGGGACCUAAUGGACCUGGAGAAUCCUCACUUAUCACUAAUGUAAUUAUUGAGUUUUUGUAUUAUAAUAUUUGUAAUAGUAGGGUAUGGCAUUUGUGUAAUUGUGAUCUUUGCCUCACAAGCUUUUCCUUAUUCUGCUUUUUUUUUUUUUUUUUUUCAACAUUAAGGCAUCUUUUUUGUUUGCCUUUCUGUUUGAGUGUAAACUAAAUUCCCCACUUACAUUUGGAGUAUUGAUUGAAAUUGUAUGCUAGUCUUAUCA